AGUAGGUACAGUAGGUACAGUAGGUACAGUAGUUCUUUACCCCGCUGUGGAGACGAACGAUCGAACCUUUUCUCUUUGUGCCUGAGUCUUGUGAAGUCAUGGCCUGCUUGAGGAGGUAAGGAUGUGUAGCGAUGAUGUCGUGGGGAGAUGUACCGACAUAUAAAAACGUCUGUCUCCUCUCAAUUUUCUCUUCUGCUUGGUCCAAUCCAAUCCAAUUCAAAAUUGGUGUACUGCUCAAGAAAGAUGUCGUUCAGAAAUCUGGUCGUGGGAGCGGUUAUUGCCUCACUGUUCACUUCCAGAGUGCGAGCGGUGGACAAUGGACUUGCGAUUACCCCGCAGAUGGGCUGGGAUAAUUGGAAUGCCCUAGGCUGCGACGUCUCCGAGGACCUCCUGCUGCAAACCGCAGAGCUGAUCGUGGACUACGGGCUCCAAGACUUGGGAUACCAUUACGUCGUCCUCGACGAUUGCUGGUCAUCCGGACGCAAUGCUAGCAACAACAAUUCCCUGAUUGCCGAUGCGUCGAAAUUCCCCAAUGGGAUGGCGGCCGUGGCGGACCGGCUGCAUGCUCUUGGGCUGGGUUUUGGCAUGUAUUCGGAUGCGGGGAAGUAUACGUGUGGUGGGUAUGCGGGGAGUUUGGGGUAUGAGACGGUGGAUGCGGAUACGUUUGCGAGUUGGGGUGUCGAUUAUUUGAAGUAUGAUAAUUGUUAUAAUAUGGGGCAGGCAGGGAAUCAACAGAUAAGUGAAGCUAGAUACGCAACAAUGGCAAACGCUCUAAAUGCUACCGGAAGACCAAUCCUAUAUUCUCUUUGCAAUUGGGGCGAAGACUACCCUUGGAACUGGGGAUCAACGAUUGCCAACUCGUGGCGAAUUUCUGGCGACGUUUACGAUAACUGGGAUACUUAUGAUUCCAGAUGUCCCUGCACGGGAGCUGAUGCUUGGAACUGCGGUCUUCCAGGCUUCCACUGCUCCAUCACAAACAUCAUGAACAAAGCCUCAUUCAUCGUAUCGAAAGCUCAACCAGGGGCAUGGAACGACCUCGACAUGCUCGAAGUUGGAAACGGCGCCAUGACAGACGCUGAAUACGUUGCUCACUUCAGCAUGUGGGCCAUUGCGAAAAGUCCUCUGAUAAUGGGAAACGACAUCCGCACCAUCGCCCCCGCCGACCUCGCCAUCCUCUCCAACGCCGCAGUCAUAGCCGUCAACCAAGAUCCGAGCGGAAGCUCCGCUGCUCGCCGCUGGAUAUACGGCAUCAACGGCAGCGAUCCCUUCACCGGCCCUUCCAUCCAGCUGUGGUCCGGGUCCCUGAAAUCCACUACCGGAGGCGCGCAAUCCGACAUGGUCGUCCUGCUCAUCAACGGCGCGGAUGAAAGCAUGCCCAUGAACGCCUCUCUCGCUGAUAUAUUCGUCGACAACGGACCUGGAGGAACGGCGCCCCAGGUCAAAAUGAGCUGGGAGGUCCGCGAUCUGUGGGCGAAUCGGAUGAGUGAUGAGGAGGCUGCUGCUAUUAUUGCCGCGAGUUCGGGGACGGGGAAUGUGACGACGGGGUAUAAUGCUACGGAGGUGGGGGCCGGCAGGUAUAAUGCGACGGCGAUGAGUUAUGCGGAGGGGUUGGCGGCGAACAGUAGUUUGUUGUUGGGGAAUGUGACCACGACGCUGGCGCCGAGUGGGACGGUUACGGCGACUGUUGAGCCGCAUGGGGUGGCGAUGUUUCGGUUGAGGGCGCUGCCUACAGGGAUGAUGAGGAAGAGGGAUGAGUUGUGAGGGUGUUUGGGGAAGUGUUGAGAUGUUAGGUCUGGA